AUGGAUUCGCAAUGUCAGUUGCAACGUACUCAAGGUCAUCAUCAUCCAGCUAAGGAACCAAUUAGGAUUCAUCAUCCAGAGGUAGAAGAGCAUCAAGAGAAAGGACCAGCUAAAGUGUUGAAGAAAGUGAAGGAAAAAGCAAAGAAGAUAAAGAAAGCUCUAACUAAACAUGGACAUGGUCAUGAGCACGAUCGUGGAGAACAACACAUCCCCGACGAUCACGAUCUAGACGAGGAAGAUACCGAAGAAGAAGACCAAGAACUCCACGGCGGUGAACCAGCUAGAGGGAAAGCUCACACUCGCAGUCGCAGUCCGGACCCUUUGAAAGAGGAUAUAGUCCCUCCAGGCACGAAAGUCUUUCCGGUUGUGUCCUCCUCUUCCCACAGUAAACCCUCUGAGCCAAUCAGAGGAGCUGUGGAACCAGUACGAGCUCAUAACGCCUCUCACGGCCACGAAGCACCGUUUCCUCGUCCUGUAAAACCCUCCGGUGUGUCGGGAAAUGAAGAGAGAAGAGGUGCUGCUGCUACACUGACGCCGCAUAACACGCCGCUUUCAUCGACAGAAGAUGUCACUAGAACAUUCGUUCCUGGUGAGCACGAGUCUCGGGACCAUCAUCGAGUUAAUAUGGAGAGACCUAAAGGAUUAGAGGAAGAUCCGGCUGCUCCAGGUGGAGGGACGGGAGCUGUUGGUGGGAUGUCGAAUUAUCAGUCCAAAGUUACUGAUCCCACCGGAAAAGGUGACAACUUUUUCUCCUACAUUUUAGAACUCUGUUUUGUGGUUUCAGAUCUUUUGACCUGUGUUGCUUCUGUGUGUAUAGCUGCUGGAGAAAUUGGAGCAGCAUCGGCUCUCGCAGCCCUUGCGAGGAAGUCAGGAACAGGUGAACAUGAUCAAUUAGUCCAUGGAAGAGAUCCGAGGGAGAAAAGCCAUGGUUUUGAUACUAAACCGGGACCUGAAAUGGGCAAGCACUUGCCGGCGGGAAACCAAGGAUCUGGAUUGGGGAAAGAAUUUCCGGCGAGGAGCCAUGAAUCUGAUGUGAAAUCAGGAGCAGAUUUGGGAAGAGAUUUUCCGGCGAGGAGCUAUGAAUCUGAUGUGAAAUCAGGGGCCGGUUUGGGAAGCGAUUUUCAGGCGAGGAGCCACGAUUCUGAUUUCAAAUCAGGGGCCGGUUUGGGAAGCGAUUUUCCGGCGAGAAGGCAUGAAUUUGAUGUGAAAUCAGGGGCUGAUUUGGGAAAAGAUUUUCCGGGGAGGACUCAAGGUGAACGUAACCCUGAGGGCUUUGAUUCGAUAGUUCAAGAGAGGAGAGAUGAGAUGCAGCAUCCGAAUCAGAGCAGUUACACCGAUAAGAUCGCAUCGGCGACUUCGGUCGUAGCUGAUAAAGCUGUAGCGGCGAAGAACGCCGUCGCUUCGAAGCUGGGUUACUCUGGGGAAGGAGGCGACGUUGGCCACCACGAGGGUCGUGUAGUCGGAGCUGAAACUCCGGGCUCUGGUGGAGUGGGAUACGGGAGUAAGGUUGCAGGUGUGGUGACUCCGGUUUACGAGAAGGUUAAAGAGACAGGAGCUAGCGUGAUGACGAAAUUACCCUUCGCCGGCGGCGGAACCGGUACGGAGACGGAGACCUAUCAUGGACAAGACAAGGGCGUGUCGGCCAAAGAGUAUAUGUCGGAGAAAUUGAGUCCGGGAGAGGAAGACAAGGCUUUGUCGGAGGUGGUCGCCGAGAAGCUUCAUCUCGGAGGAGGAGGGGAUAAUACGACGGCGCCGCCAAAGAGGGGGACAGUGACUCAAUCGGAGGAGGUGGAGAAGAGGUUAGGAGGAUUCACGGAUCAGACGUCGGGAGACGCGAUGAAACACGGCCAAGCGUUUGCGGAGGGAGGUGAAGGAGGAAUGGUAGAUAAGCUGAGAGGAGCUGUAACUUCAUGGAUCUCUGGUACGACCGAUGAAGUGAUGCAAAAGUCUACAGAGUCUGUACAAGACUCUUCACAGUCUGUUGGCGCCACCGUUGGGAAUAUGGGAUUUUCUGGUUCGGGAGCAGAUGGGGCGGGUCAACGCAGUGGUGAGAAGAAGGGCUCUGUGCCUGUGCAGAGCAGAUUCCAAGAAUCUGGAAACUGA